AUGCUAGCAUUUUUGCUGCUACUGGUCCUCAGCCUGGCCUGUUCUUCAACAGCUCUACUAGGAAUCGGACAGACGCAAUCCGUUGCCGUUGCAGGACGACUGAUUUGUAACGGAAUGCCAGCGGCAGGCGUUAAAGUGAAAUUGUACGAGAAAGAAUCCACGUUCGACGUGAAAUUGGCUGAAAGUGAGACGAAUCAAAACGGUGAAUUCGUACUUUCGGGCUCAAAAACGGAAAUCACCACAAUCGACCCUAAAGUGAAUAUCUACCAUACAUGUAAUUAUAGUGGUUUAUGUUACCGAAAAUUUGGCAUCACCAUACCGGACAACUACAUUAGCGCCGGCACCAAUCCACAGCAGACAUUCGACAUCGGAACGAUUAAUCUCGCGAAUCAAUUUACUGGUGAAACUAUAGACUGUAUGAAUUGA